GUUUAGCCAUCGUAUGAUGCAAUUGGCAACAAGCACAAUGCUUCGGUAUGGCAGCGCGAAUAGCGGCGGCGUUGGCGACGAUUGCAGCUUCAUGUCGAUCAUGUCCCGCGUCGCGUCCUGCUGUCUCGGCGAUAACGUGUUCUCCACGUCCAUUUUGGCGGAAGGGCCGUUGAUCAAGAAGGGCGAUUACGCGCACUUCCGGUACUUUGUGCUGGAAGCGUCCGGGCUGCUUAAGUAUUACGAGAUCACGCUGCGUCAGACGAUCAAUGCUUGUGGGGACAUCGUGUACCACAUCCCGUCCACAAAGUUGACGCAGACGGGUCAACUGAGCAAUCGCAACCUGCGCGGCACGAUACUUCUCCACCCGUCGUUCUGCGCCAAGGAUAUCGAGUCCCCGCAGGCGGCUACUACUUCCACUGGAACGCGCGACUUCCGGUCGUACUCGUCUGGGGCGUCUUCGUCCGGCCCGAGCUCGGAAAUGCGCUGCUUCCGUCGGUCCAAGGAGAUCCUCGUGUCCGGGUUUGGCCCCGCCGGCAACGUGCUCAGCUGGAAGCUCCAAGCCACGUCCCUCGAGCAUUACGACCGAUGGACGCGCGCGCUGCGCAUCGCCAUGCGACCCGCGUGGGCGCUCAACGCUGCGUACUGCCAGGUAUGCCACGUGAGCUUCCACUGGUUCAACCGGCCACACCAUUGCCGCAAGUGCGGCAGCAGCGUGUGCACGCGCUGCAGCCACGCAAUCGACAAGCUGCCGCUGCUUGCGUACACGUCGCCCGUCCUCGUGUGCAUCGACUGCGACCCCAUCCCCGAAGAUUUUGCCCCACACACGAAAGUGCUCGUGUAUGGCAAGCACCCCGCCGUGAUUGUGUUGGUUUCGUCGUCGUCCCCACCUGGCACGACGGGGAAGAAGCAUCCCCCGACCAAAAGCAACAUGGCCGUGACCGUCCAGUUCCUGGCGGAUGAAGCCACGGCGGAUGUGUCCAUCAAGUACGUCGAGCGGUUCUCGGAGAAGGUGCUGGCUGCCAACCGCAUCAAAUGCUGCCUUCGUAUGCACUUGGCCUACCGCCUCUUCCGCACGCUCUUGCAUUUUCAUACGUGGACGCUGCUCGAGUCUCUUCAAGAGCAGCAAACGGUGAAAAUUGUCAAGAUCAUUCGCAACACGAUCAGUGUGAACGAACUGGCGUCGCUCGCGCCGUCGUACGACGAACCCACGGACGCGUCGUCUUGUGUCAAGGACAGCUUAAAGCAGUACCGUGGCGUGCACUUGAGCUUUCCACUGACAGAGAACCAAGUGCUCAAGCUCUCGGACGCGUUCCGCAGCGGCCAAGUGCUCCAUGGGCACUACGUGAUGCAGCUGGUGGAGCAAGUGCUGGAUGCGCCGCCCAGAGGGACAAUGACCCAUAUCCAAAUCCCCAAGGGCGUCGAACUGGUCAUCGUCGGCGACCUUCACGGCCAAUUUGAAGACCUCAUGACUAUAUUUGACCGCAAGGGGGUCCCAAGCAAGACAUUAUGGUACUUGUUCAAUGGCGACUUUGUGGACCGCGGCCUCCACGGCGUCGAAGUCAUCUGCACGUUGUUAGCGUACUCGUUGCUGUAUCCCCAGUUUGUGUUUCUCAAUCGGGGCAACCACGAGGCGCUCGUGUUGAACCAAGUGUUUGGGUUUGCAGACGAAGUGAGCAAAAAGUACGACGCCGACCAGUUCCCGGCGCUCUUUGGGCUAUUUGAAGCCGUGUUCAACCGCUUGCCGCUGUGCACGCUCAUCCAAGACUCGGUGUUUGUGGUGCAUGGAGGUCUUCCUGUGGAACCAAAUGUGACGCUGAAUGACAUUGAAGCGAUCGACCACCUGCGCGAGAUCCCAACCAACCGCCUCGACGGACUUGACGACCAGAUCUUUUCCCAACUCAUGUGGAACGACCCGCAGCCACGGGACGGGUUUGUGACGUCCAAGCGCGGGUGUGGGUUUGAGUUUGGGCCAAACGUGACCAAACACUUUUGUGCGUUGAACCAUUUGCGCCUCAUCAUUCGAUCCCACGAAUCCCACGAAGAAGGAUUCGAAGUCAUGCACGACGGAUUGGUGCUGAGCGUGUUUUCUGCGUCGUCGUACUGUGGCUUCCAAGCGAACAAGGGGGCGUAUGUGGUCUUGACGGACGAACUCAAGCCAUAUGUGGUGCAAUUCCACUCGCAGGCGCUGCAAAAGUUCACGUCCACGCGCAACUGGCGAACGCAAGCCAAUCGAUUCGAAGAGCGGACGUUGUGGAGCUUGAAGGAGCUCAUUGGCAAGAAACACACGGAACUCCAGGGGUACUUUAGUGCGUUGCCACCCAAAGUGUCUCGAUUGCAGUGGAAACAAGGUCUGGUCAAAAUACUGGGCAUUCCGCUGCAUUAUUUGCUUUACUUGCCGCAAUUGGUGCCCAAAUCUACAAACACGACCACAUCAUCAUCGUUGGUGGACAUUUCCCGGUUCCUUCGCGCGAAUCGGUUGGAUCUGCCGACGGACAAGCAAUGGGUAGACUCGACGAUGUCGAGCAUUUGGGAGCGCCUGAACGAGCCCAAUGUCACGAAAGCGUUCGAGUAUUUUGACCGGAGUCGCAAGGGGCGCAUCUCUUACGACGACGUCAAGGCCACGCUGCGGGUACUCGGGCUCAUGAAGCCAGAGAUGGCGCUGUCGGCCAGUCCGCCGCUGCCGUCGGGUCUGUUUGCGGGCGGACGGCAACCGGCGGCGGCGUUCGUGACGGAGCAGAUGGCGUUUGAGUUGAUGCACCAGUGGGACCGCAACCAGGACGGGAUUGUCGACAUGCAAGAGUUCCAGUUUGCCUUUGCCAAGCAAAUCCACGCCACCACUAGUACUACUACAUAGUAGUACUAGUUGAAGAUUGUACGAGUUGGAUGGACGUUUGUGGGUGAUCGACCAACUACAUUCGUAGUGUAGUUAGUAUAUGAUGAAUGGACUACGCUAAUAUUCCGAUAACGAAAGAUUUCGCCCCAU